GUGUGCAUACACUGCUCGCGUCGCAUAUCUCGAUCGGAAAAUACUCGUCCAGGUGUUCAGCCGAACGGAAACAUCCCCCACUGCGGAAAAUUCGGGAAAAAUACGCGGCUCUGUUGUUUGCUAGUUGGCUCGUGGACGAGCGGCGAGCAACGCCGGAAUAAAGAGGAGUGUAUACCGGCGAGACUUCUUUGUGUGCUUCUCUGAAGGGUAGUGCAUGCUGCGUGUGCUGCGAGUCAGCGACGGUUGCGAGGGAUUUUGCAUGUGCCGGAUAUCAUUACUGAGUCUUGGUGAUUAAUGUAGUGUGGAAAUAAUCAGUGCACACGGACAGAUUGUGGUUAUACACGUCGAGUCUUGAAUUUGUGCUGUGUAGCUGUGAGCACUACAUACAGGAGUCUGGGCCAAAAAAAGAAGAGGAAAACAAUGAUGGAGGAGUAUUUUUGAGUUCGCGAAAUUCACCUCGAGCAGCGACCCUUUAAAACUGUUUACCCUCAAAGACGUCGCACAGAGAUUUGUCAACCUAUAUAAGAAGAGGAUUUUGAACUUUCAUUGUGUUGUUGUUAAGAAUAAAAGAGCAUGACAACUCUGCACGAUGCCAUUCCGGACAAGCCGGCCGAGCGCAAGAGCGCCGGCGAGGCAGCCCUACCAUCCAGCCGCCCGCAAUCCGAUUCGGACCACAAUCUGAUCCGUUUCUCUCGGGACUUCUCAGAAGCAGCAUCGAACAGCAGUGGGCCGAGCAGUCUCGUUCCGGAGAGUCUCUCAUCAGCCUCGAGCUUUCAGAGUCUCGCCUCGACACUCAGUUCCAAGUCCAGCAGUGGCAUCUGCGCCGAUUCGGCUCCUGGUAGUCCGGACAAGGUCAACUCCGGCAACGGAUUCGAUCACUCCUACGUCAACGUCGAUAUCCCUGACUUGGACGAUCUUAUCUCUGCCUGUGCGAACAUCAACUUGAACAACGCUACUGUGCUCGGAGGAUUGCUGCCUGGCGAGAAUAGAGCUGGUGAUGAAUCGCCGGAUAGCAGUGGAGGUGAUCUGAGCCAGGAUCAGACGUUUGCUUCAGCGGCGGAUGAUACUCUCGCCGAUGAGACGCAGGUUCUCGUCGAGGAGACUAUUCAGACUUUCAAGACCUGUCCUCCUCUAGAGGUAACUCAGGUCACAUCGGCCGAAACCCACGUCUUCAAGGCUCCCAUCUCGGUCGACGAGCAGUCAUCUGUGAUCCCGUACCUGUCGUUCGAGGAAAGCGUUCUUCGCAAGCACCAGGAGUUCGUGGACGACGGGGCCGAGUUUAAGAGCGCGCUCACCUCUUUCCAAGCCACUCAGUCCAUAACUGUCUCUUCCACUGUUGACACUCGACGUGGCAGUUACAGUCCGACGCCUUGCGAAGAAAUCGACGUAGCUCAGGUCGCCAAGAUCACGUGCAAGAGUCCAAAGGAUCUUGAUAUUGCACAGGAGAGCUUGAUCGUUGUUGUUGACGAGGUCGUCGAGAAGAAAGAACAAAUUGUAGAACAAGAUUUCAUACUUGGCACACCUGAUGCUAGCUUCGAGGAAGUCCAGGCCUUCAAUUCCACUAUUAUACUGAAUACAGAUCUGGCAUCUGAGGAGCCAACGGUAUUAUCUAAUAUCAAGAACGAAGUUGUAGAUAAAGAAGAGAAAAAACCAGUAAUUUCUCUUGACGAAGUUCCAGUUGGAGUUAAGACAAAAGGGAGUGAAAUUGUUCAGGAAACAAUUCCUAAUAUUCUUAAUCAUACACACGAUAAUGCACAAGAUACUGGCAUUUUAAACAAGACACAGGAUAUUGUACAAGAUGCUAACGUUUUAAAUAACACACAAGAUAUUGUACAAAAUACUAAUAUUUUAAAUCAGACCCAAGAUAUUGUACAGGAAAAAACCAUUCUAAAUAAAACUCAAGACAUCGUUCAAGAGGAAUCGAACCUAAUUAAGACAGAACUUAUUGCACAGGAGGUAAACAAAUCUGUGAAUAAAAACGAAGUUAUUAUACGGCAGAUAAGCGAUCUUAGUAAGACAGAAAGUGUACAAAGUAAAACACAACAUUUUACUAAGGAAGAUCAUUUUGUUGAGAAAAAAGAGAUUUUAAAGCAUAACAUUGGAUCGUAUAAUGAGAUAGACGAGAGGCCGAUUAAACCACAGAUACAAGAAGCACAAAGUCCUAAGAUUAUCGAAUCAAACGAGGAGAAUACUUGUAGAACUCCUCAAAAGCUAGAAGAAACUUUCCCUAAACCAGAAGCGAAAUCUCCUAAGCAGUUAGAAACUUUUGCGAACGAGGAAGCACAGAACUUAAAUUUAAUAAACACUGAAGCAGUAGCUUCCACACCGUUGCCUGUUAAGAAUUUAAACAAAGCAAAGACUCCAAAAACACCCAAGACAAAAAGUGCUUUAUUCACAAACGAACCUAAAUCUCCUAAACCUCCAGCUCAAACCUCAAAGACUCCCAUCAAAAGCGAAGAGAUUAAAGAAGAGAAGAAUAAGCUCAAUUUUGAUCAGACUCUAGCGAUCAACAAAUCUUUAGAGCAGUCUUCGUUCAGCGCUACCGAACUUAUAACUAAUCUAGAGACAACUAGUGACGUUUUACACGAAAACUUAUGUAUUGCACCAAUUCAGGAACCUGAAUACGAGGCCUUUAAACCAAUCCAGCAAAGCACCACUCUACCCUUCCCUGACUUUAAAAAACUACAGGAAGCUGCUCUGUCUGUCGCGAAAGAAAUCGACGAAUCUUUGGAAAAAAUAGAAGAGACUGAACAGUUUGUUUCAGCGACUACCGAAUUAUUUGGGGAUCCGUCUGCUCUUGAUUUUCUCACACAGGUUGGAUCGCAGCACCCCACUAAGCGAGGUGAAAGAUAUGAUUCAUUGUAUAUGAAGUUUGAUCCAUUAGCUCAAAGACUCAGUAUGCUGCCCCAAAAGAAUCUCCCGACCGCCCCUUCGGUAGACGAAGAGGAAGAGAAAGAGAAGGAAGCGAAAGUGAACAAACCUUCAAGUGAGAUGGGAACACCAAAGAAAAAUCCAGCCUUAGCAGCUAUUGAUAGAUUACUUUUCUACAGUCCUUGCCCACCUAGUGCGACAGAAAGUGCAGUGGCAGAAGCCAAACAAAAGAAGGAAGAGGCAGAGAAACAAGAGUCGCCGGUUGUUCCAUUUGUCGACGAAAAAAUGGCGAAGGAAUUAGAACUGGUGAGGACGACUGUACUUCAACUCGAGGCAGAGCUUGAAAAGCAGAAACAAGAGCACAGGGAACAAUUGGAAAAACAAAAGGCUGCAUACGAAGAGAAAGUAACCCACAUGCAAACGAAAUUCACUCAAAUGCAGUCCCAAUUGACACAGGAGGUCAAGUGCAAAGGCCAAAUGACGGUGGUAGUAGAGGAGUACGAAAAAUCAAUCAGCAGGUUAAUAGCGGAAAGGGAAAAGGACCGAACGAGUUUUGAAGUAGAGAAGGCAAAAUUGCAAGAGGAACUUCAAGUGGCCAAUCAGCACCUCAGUAAUACGGAAGCAGCUUUCAGUGACGUUCAUUCAAAGUACGAACGGCUGAAGAAUGUUGUUUCGGCAUAUAAGAGUAAUGAAACAGUUCUUAAAGAAAGUAUUGCUGAGAACCAAGAGACUAUCAAGACUCUCGAGAACAGAUACGAACAGCUGAAGAGUCAUGCAAUGGCACAGCUUGAGAAGGCAAACUUAGAGUUGAGUGCUAUCAGGAAACAGAAUGAAGCUGAGACUGUAAAAUUGAAGGCACUGGUGAGAAAGGCAGAGUUAAAGAGUAAGUCUCUAGCAGAGACAGUUGAACAGAAGAUCAAGGAAAACAAAGAGCUAACACAGAUAAUCGACGAGAUGAUAGCAAGGGUUGAUUAGUCGUUAUUUUUUUACUCAACAUGAUUUAUUUUUAGGUUUAACGAGCGUCGUGUAAUGAUAUAUAAUUAUUAUUGUGCAUACUUGUAUUGUUUUUAAAAAGAGAAGAAAAAAUCGUCUUAGUCAGUUUGAAGUAAGCCCUUUUACUAAUUAUUUAUAAGUUGUAAAAUAUAUUUUAUCGCAAUAAAACAAAGUCAAGGCUUGUUCAAACUAUAUAAU